AUGGACGGGCAAACUGAGGGCACCACGGGCAGGACCGACACACGCACGCCGCCCCCGACCACCAGGGUGGGGAGGGCGCUCAGGGCGGGGGCGGCACCGCCCGCCUCGCACCCGAUCAGCCCAGGGGCUGGCAGACUCCAGGCUGAGAAGCGCCCACCACCUGGCCGCCCAGCGCUGGCGCCCAAACCGGAAGUGCGCCGCCUGGAACUACAACUCCCAGCAGCCCGCGCGGCGCGCCCGGAUCAGCCGAGGGGCUGGACUAGAGGGACUCCAGGCGGAGAAGCGCCCGACACUUGCCCGCCCGCCCAAGCCGGAAGUGCGCCGCCUGGAACUACAACUCCCAGCAGCUCGCGCGGCGCGCCCCAGUCGCCAUUGUCCGCGGCUGAGGUGAGACGGUCGCGGGGGCGCCCUGGGAGGCGCCCGGGGGGUCGGGAGCGCCGGGCGGGAGAGGCAGCGCCGCCUUCAGGGCCGCUGGGCGCCAGGGGGGUCCAGCCCCCGCCCUCUGCGGGGCGGCUGCGCUUCCGGUCCCCGUGCCCCGCGCGGACCCUGCGACCCGCUCGUCGCUGGACGCCCCGAACCCAGCCCCAGCCCCAGCCCCGGCCCCGGCCCCGGCCCCGCGCGUCCGCCUUUGUCCCCGAGGCCGCGCGGGCCGUCCCGGCGCCGAACAAAGGCCGAGGGUCCCCCGGGCGCCUCGGGGGGCGGCGUGGCGGCUGCGGACCAGGUGGCGCUGCCCUCGCCCUCCGGCUGCACCGACUCCGGCACCCGCCUUGUCCGUCCGUCCGUUCGUCCGGGAUGGCUGCCCCCGGCCCCCGGGCCUCCUGGGGUGUCCUCGCCGACCCUGGCUGCCGCGCUGUGACCUCUGACCUGCCGAGGCUGGGCACCCGCCCGGAGGAGCCAGCCCCGUGUCCUCGGGACCCUGCCUGGCGGUUGGAGGAGGAGGAGGAGGAGGAGGAGGAGGAGGAGGAGGAGGCGGCGGAGGAGGCGUCCCCCGAGGCCGGGAGCGGGGCUUCCGGGCCCCCACCAGCCCCAGUGCAGGAGCCGCUGACCUUCCGGGACGUGGCCGUGGACUUCUCCCCGGAGGAGUGGGGGCGGCUGGGCCCGGCGCAGAGGACGCUGUACCGGGACGUGAUGCUGGAGACCUUCGGGCACCUGCUCUCUGUGGGGGCUCAGGUCGCCAAGCCCAAGGUCAUCUCCCUGCUGGAGGAGGGCGCGGAGCCCUGGCGGGUGGAGCAGCCACGGCCCCGGAGCCCGUGUCCAGAAAUGGUGAGAAGUCCUGAAAGUAAAGCGUUGAUCCCAGCACGUCGCAUUUUUGAGGGAGAGCAGUCCCAUAGCAUGAAGUUGGAACGAUUCGUGUGGGAUGACCCUUGGUUCUCCAGGUUAGAAAUUUUGGGAUGUGACGACCAGUUACAAAUGUACCGUGUGAACCAGAGUACAGCUAUGAGGCAGAUGGUCUUCAUGCAGAAGCAAGUGCUGCCUCGAAGAGGCUCUGAACUCUGUGACCUUGGCGCGGGGUGUGGCCAGAGCUUAAACUUUAUUCCCUCUCAGAGAGUUUCUCACAUAGAACAUUUCUAUAAGCCUGAUACACAUGUUGAAAGUUGGAGGUGUAAGUCAGCCAUCAUGUGUGCAGAUAAGAUCACCUGUGGAAAUAGUGAUUAUGACACAGCCUUCUACCAGUCCUUGCCACCUAUUCACCCUGCAAGGGUGCAGACUGGAGAUAAUCUUUUCAGAUGUUCUGAUGCCGUUAAAUCUUUCAAUCACGUACUUCAUUUUGGUGAUCAUAAGGGAAUGCACACAGGAGGGAAACUCUAUGAGUAUAAGGAAUGCCAUCAAAUCUUUAACCAGAGCCCAUCAUGUAUUGAACAUCCCAGACCUCUGAUCGGAGAAAACCAGUGUGGUUAUAAAGAAUAUGAGAAUAUCUUUUACUUCUCGUCUUUUAUGGAGCGUCAGAAUAUUGGCACCGUAGAGAAAGCGUAUAAAUACAAUGAGUGGGAGAAAGUCUUUGGGUAUGACUCCUUCCUCACUCAACAUACAAGCACUUACACCGCAGAGAAACCCUAUGACUACAAUGAAUGUGGGACGUCUUUCAUCUGGAGCUCUUACCUUAUCCAACAUAAGAACACACAUACUGGAGAGAAGCCCUACGAAUGUGAUAAAUGUGGGAAAGUUUUCAGGAAUCGUUCAGCCCUUACUAAACAUGAACGGACUCACACUGGAAUAAAACCCUAUGAAUGUAAUAAAUGUGGGAAAGCCUUCAGCUGGAACUCCCAUCUGAUUGUGCACACGAGGAUUCACACGGGAGAGAAACCUUACGUAUGUAACGAGUGUGGGAAGUCUUUCAACUGGAACUCCCAUCUGAUUGGCCAUCAGAGGACUCACACCGGAGAAAAACCGUUUGAAUGCACUGAGUGUGGCAAGUCUUUCAGCUGGAGCUCCCAUUUGAUUGCCCACAUGAGGAUGCAUACUGGAGAGAAGCCCUUUAAAUGUGAUGAAUGUGAAAAAGCUUUUAGGGAUUACUCGGCUCUCAGUAAACAUGAAAGAACUCACUCCGGAGCAAAACCAUAUAAAUGCACUGAAUGUGGAAAGUCCUUCAGCUGGAGCUCCCACCUUAUCGCCCACCAGAGAACUCACACGGGGGAGAAACCCUAUAACUGUCAGGAAUGCGGCAAAGCAUUCAGGGAACGCUCGGCCCUCACGAAACAUGAAAUAAUUCAUUCUGGAAUUAAGCCCUAUGAAUGUAAUAAAUGUGGAAAGUCCUGUAGCCAAAUGGCUCACCUGGUUCGACAUCAAAGGACUCACACUGGAGAAAAGCCCUACGAGUGCAACAAGUGUGGGAAGUCCUUCAGCCAGAGCUGUCACCUUGUUGCUCACCGGAGAAUUCACACGGGCGAGAAGCCCUAUAAGUGUAAUCAGUGCGAAAGGUCCUUUAACUGCAGCUCUCACCUGAUCGCGCACCGGAGAACUCACACUGGAGAGAAACCAUAUAGGUGUAACGAAUGUGGGAAGGCGUUUAAUGAGAGUUCUUCCCUCAUUGUCCAUCUGAGAAACCAUACUGGAGAAAAACCCUACAAAUGCAGCCAUUGUGAGAAGGCUUUCUGUAAGAAUUCUUCUCUCGUCAUUCAUCAGAGAAUGCACAGCGGAGAGAAACGCUUUAUAUGCAGCGACUGUGGGAAGUCCUACAGUGGCCACUCGGCCCUGCUGCAGCACCAGAGGAGCCACGGUGCAGAGAAAGUCUGAACGGAACUGAUGGGAGACUUCCUGUCUUUGUAUAUGCGAUACUUUGAAAAAAACACUAGAAGUGUAAUCAGGAGGGGUUGUUUCCUAGUAAGAGUUCAGGGAGGCUCUUCCCCUUACUACUCAGUAGAAACAUCUAGAAGAAACGUAGGAAGGAAAAUGAUAGAGGAAAGCGUCGCGGUUAUGUAGCCCUCAUUUAACGUCGGAUAAUUGCAGUGAAGAAGGAAAGCCCCACUCCUCACGGUCCACCAGGAUCUUGCUUGAGGAGCGUGAAUGUAGGGAGGAGACACCUUUAGUGAGAGAUCAAGGAUUUGCGGACCAGAGUGCAUUGAUGGAGGAGAAAAACCUUGUUCUAGGAAGUGCUUCAGCUGGAAAUAAGCUGUUUUGCAUUGAGCUGGAGUAUUGGGUGGGAAGCUUUAUAACAACAUUCUGUGCAUAAUUGCGAAAAGACAGAUUUUGCUAUUAUUAGGGCGAGGGUCUGGGUGCCCUUUAAGGAAUAGAUGAUGGAAUACUAAGUUUGAGGUUAAGAAAAAAAAUAGUAUUGAAUGGGAUAUUUACUGUUAGUCGAGAUUAACCUUAGAAAAAUUAGUAAAUGAGAUUACUAAUGGUGGAAAAGUUAUUUUCUGGAAGUAUGAGGCUGAUGUUGUUGGGACAAAAAGUGACAUUUAAUAUCACAGUGUGUCCGUGUCCAUGGUUUACUCAGUGUUGGAUGUUUGUAAUUUGUUUUAGGCGAUCACGAUAAGUUAUAAUUAUAUUAUAGACACUGCGUCAGAGUACAUACCAUGAAGGAAUAACAAGGACACAGAGUUGUAUAUACAUGUCCUCUAUAACAUCUAAAAUCGUGUAUGGAUACGGAUUGGAAAAACCCAUGGAUGAAUUAACCCAGUUAAUUUUAAAAAUUUUAAAGUUUUAUAAACACAUACAGCACUUACCACGUGCUAAGCUUUGUUUUAAAUGCUUUCAGUUGAUUACUGUGUUCAAUCCCCUUAGUUCUACGAGGUAGGUGCUGUUGUUAUUCCAGUUUUACAAAUGGAGAAACUGAGGCAGAGAUGUUGAGAAACCGACCUCGGGACACAGCUAGCUCAGAGAGGCACUGAGGUUGUUUGGCCUCAGAGGCCCUGUGUUUAACCACAGCUGUGCUGGCUCUCUCCAUUGAUCCCCCUGAUGUUUUUGUUACUCUCCAGUGUUUCUAUGGUAGGUAUUUGCUAAUAAAAAUCAAGAAAUUCCUAAGGAAUGAGAACUGAAGUUACCCGGCUCUCUGUCCUGAAGGAUGUCUGGUAUCAGGGCUGAGCUCCCUUCGGAGUGGGCAGUCUGGGUUGGACAGUCAGAC